UCUCUCUUAUUACGCUCUAUUCGGAAAGAGUUUGAGUCAGCACUGAGCAGGAGAAGCUAGAUGGCAGCAGGUGCGAGUGGGAAGCGGUUGAUUCUGCAGCUGUUGGUGGCGUUCUUGGCGGCGUCUGCGGCCAUGUCGGACUGGCUCCCUGGCACCGCCACGUUUUAUGGCGGCAGCGACGGGUCCGGCACCAUGGGCGGCGCGUGCGGGUACGGGGACCUGUACAGCCAGGGGUACGGGACGGCCACCGCGGCGCUUAGCACGGCGCUGUUCAACGACGGCGCGUCGUGCGGGCAAUGCUACCUCAUUAUCUGCGACCAGGGCAAGUCCGACAUGUGCAGGCCCGGCAAGGCCAUCACCGUGUCCGCCACCAACUUCUGCCCGCCCAACUGGGCUCUCCCCAGCGACGACGGCGGGUGGUGCAACCCUCCCCGCGCCCACUUCGACAUGGCCCAGCCCGCCUGGCUCAACAUCGGCAUCUACGAGGCCGGCAUCAUCCCCAUCGUCUACCAGCAGGUGAAGUGCUGGAGGGACGGUGGGGUUCGGUUCACCAUCACCGGCUCCAACUACUUCGAGGUGGUGCUGGUGACCAACAUGGCCGGAAGCGGGUCGAUCAAGAGCAUUUCCGUGAAGGGGACCAACACGGGGUGGAUGCAGAUGUCCAGGAACUGGGGCGCCAUCUGGCAGGGUAUGUCGAGCUUGGAAAAGCAAGCGAUCUCCUUCGGCGUCACCUCCACCGGCGGGCAGUACAUCCUCUUCCAGGACGUCAUCCCGGCCGGCUGGCAGUACGGCCAGACCUUCUCCUCCUGGCGGCAGUUCGACUACUAACUAAUUAACUCACCAUUUUCAUCCGGCGGCAUCGAGCCCUGGCACUCCUCGAGUCGCUCGCUUGAUUUAUGGAUUUUCCUGAUAGGUUGUACUACGGUACUAGAUUGAAUUAUAUAAACAUGUAAAUUCACGUACAUGGAUCGUUUGAUACAAAUGGAAUGGUUACGCUAAUU